GAAACACGCCCAGAGUCCACGUCCCAUUAGUUCUGUCCAUGCUGUGGCUGUGAAUUCGGAGUUCGAGAAGUCGCUAGUUUCAGAAAAAGAGGGUGAGUGAUCAGCUACUCAAGAUAUCGCUUCUAGGAGUCUGUCAAUAGAUGGCCUUUGUCCAGGCGAAUGCGGAUGAUCCCGAGCGCUCAAAAGUGGUUCUAGCGUCAAGGAGAUCGAAAAGAGUGAUCCAUGCUCACAACUGCAACACAUGCUUGCUUAUAUAAGGUCGUACACGUGAGGAGUUGCGGAUCUUUUUAUCUUUUCAAUUUCAAGAUCUGGAUCCCGCAGCCACGUCCAUGGCCCACAGCGUCAUUGCAGGCGCUCGAUGGCCGGUCCCCGGUCCGAAGGAAGUCGCAGAAUAGGCCAAAGAGACCGGAUCUCUUAGAAAGACCUCCAGAACUUCGGCAAUGUUGCGCUGCCUGAAGUGUAGGAGAUCGUGAAGGAAUCCCAUCAUAGCCUCAGCCUUUGCUCUUUGCUCUUGGUUAGCGUCGCGUCUGAUUCUGCGAUAUGGCGUGAGUGAGAAGGGUCAAAGCAGCCUGUGAAGCCAUUUCGUCGAGUUUGCGAUUAUUACUAGGGCUCCGAUCUGGUGGGGUUCGGGUCGGGGUUGACCUUCAACCCGAACCAGACACGAAAAACCGGGUAGGAUUCGGGUUCUACCCAAACUGUCAAUUUUUCGAGGAGUGAGGACAAAUAGAAUAGGUAGCGCAGCGCGGCCAGCUAGACGCAGAAGCGAGCGAGGAAGAGGCGGGACGAGGAGCAGAGUUUCGCGAAACGGAGUGGAACCCAAUGCAGACGAAGACGGACCAGCUGGGCUUGCAGCCGAGCUCUUAUCUCACAUUGCUUUACUCAAUUCAGCAUAAUCACUUCGGAUAUCUCCCGUUGGUGUCAUCAGCAACCUUCAACUAUUUACAGAACGAUACGCUACCUCCACUUGAAAAAGAUUCGCGACGAUGGAUUCAGGGUCUCUUCACUUCGGCGAAUCACCCGAUCGCAGCCUCUAACCUAUGUUGGAAUCACUGAUUUGUGAUAAGUCAGAUUGUUUUGAUCAGUAAGAAGUCUUGUACAUAUAGUGUAUUAGUCUAGAACGUAAUCUAUAACG